AUGUUGCAGGGCCCACCAAAUCCAGCCGAAGCCGAACAGAACAUCCAUCAACAUAUGCAGAAUCUGCUUGUCUCUAGCCGUCAAGGACAUUUGGCACGAUUACCAAGCACAAGCUAUCGUGCUGAUGGACAAAUUAGUGAAGCUUAUUGGUUUGGAGGUAAGCUUUGAGG